CAGAGGUCGAGCUUCCGGUGUGGGACAGGCUGACUCAGCGGGAAGCGGAGUGAGGCAGCAUGGUGUAUAUGGACAAAACUCACGCCGACCGAGAGAGGUUUAUUUGCAUAUAUCCAGCAUAUAUAAACAGCAAAAAGACUAUAGCAGAAGGAAGGAGAAUACCAGUAGAGAAGGCUGUUGAAAACCCAACAUUUGGAGAAAUUAGAGAUGUUUGUGCAGCAGCAGGACUGAUUGUCGCUGUAGAGAAUAAACUCUACCCACGUGAGUGGAACAGAGAUGUACAAUUCAGAGGCAGAAUACGGGUUCAAUUGAAAAAUGAAGAUGGGUCCUUCUGUUUAGAGCAGUUUCCCACACGUAAGUCAGUAAUGUUAUACGUAGCUGAAAUGAUUCCAAAACUGAAGACCAGGACACAGAAGGCUGGAGGAGGAGAUCAGAAUGCACAACCAGGGGAAGGUGGCAAGAAAGGGAAGAAGAAGAAGAAGAAGUAAUUCUGUUGAUGUUGCUGGCUUCAGUUAGAUUUAUUUUCAAACCAUUCCUAUAUCGUAAACACGUUGAGCAUGCUGUUUUCAUUUGGUCCAUAAUGUAGGACAAAUCUGGCACCACCUUUAUUCUAAGUAGUGGGAGGGAAUAAAUUCAAAACAUUAUAAUUGGUUUAGAUUAAGUUAGGAACAUUUUCCUGAUAUUUUUAAGUGCCUGUGGUUAAGCUUUCACUGCAUGUCUGAUUUAGAGGGUGUCCAUAACAAAAUUAAUAUAAUUCAUAAAUUAUGUUGUAAGUCAAGUCCAAUUAUAGGUCCUCAAACGGGCAGUCAUUUUUGAAUAUUCAAGUGCUUUUCCUGUUUACUGGUUCACUAGAAUGGAGUUUAAGCUGAUCAAGAAGCGUAAAUAGUAGCUGAAAUGUAGAUUUGACAGAGCUCUUUUUCAGGGAGCAAAUUAUCAGAAGGACAGAAGUGUGACAUUCAAAGUAAGAAUUUGUCAACACAUGAAGCUGCAAAAUUUGGCUGACAUGGACAUGAUGGGUUGAAUGAUCUGCUGCUGUUCCAUAAUGCUAAAGCUGCCUGGCAGGUUUUUUGUUUAAACAGAACUUCAUGUCUUUUGUCAAGCUAAUUGUAAUGAAAUAAAUAGUUGUUUUCAA